ACAGACAGAGACGUUGAGACAAACCUCAGAUCCUUGGAUUCUCCUUUCUCAUUCUCAUUUUUCUUCUCCAUAACAAACUUGCCCUAUCUAUCGCUAUCAAACCCACAUGGAAUAUUCCAUUUAUUUCUAUUACUUUCUUCUUUUUUGGGCAACUCCCUAUCUCUGUUGAUUGAAAGCUAAGUUUAUCCUAUAAGUGUGAAUGUCAAGACAACAAUGGUAAUGCCCACAUGAGUGUUUCGUAAAGACCCGGCAAAAUUCAUUCAUGCCUCUGCUGUCUCAAUUUACACUCACUCUCUUCAAUCCCAUUGUUUAUUUGAUCUGGGUUUGGGUUGUUUUUUCUCUCGUUUCAUUGUGGCAUUUUGUCGAACGUUUGGGUGAUUUUUUUGGAUCCUUGAAAAACAAUGGCUUUGUUUAAGAAAUUCUUUUACAGGAAGCCACCUGAUGGGCUCUUGGAGAUCUCUGAACGGGUCUUUGUAUUUGAUUGCUGCUUCACCACGGACAUUUUAGAAGAUGAAGGAUAUAAGGUGUACAUAGGAGGUAUAGUGGGUCAACUCCGUGAACACUUUCCUGACGCUUCAUUCAUGGUGUUUAAUUUUCGAGAAGGGGAGAAUCAAAGCCAGAUUUCUCAUAUAUUGUCUGAGUAUGAUAUGACUGUAAUGGAUUAUCCUCGUCAGUAUGAAGGUUGCCCGUUACUCUCAAUGGAGAUGAUCCAUCACUUCUUGAGGUCAAGUGAAAGUUGGCUCUCCCUUGGGCAACAGAAUGUGCUCUUGAUGCAUUGCGAAAGAGGUGGGUGGCCAGUCUUGGCCUUUAUGCUUGCUGCCCUCUUGAUAUACAGGAAGCAGUUCAUGGGGGAGAUGAAAACUUUAGACAUGAUUUACAAGCAAGCACCUCGUGAGCUUCUGCAGCUGAUGUCACCAUUGAAUCCAUUACCCUCUCAGCUGAGGUACCUUCAGUAUGUCUCAAGAAGGAAUGUGGCCUCCGAAUGGCCUCCACUGGAUAGGGCACUUACACUAGAUUGUAUUAUUCUUAGAGUCAUCCCCAGUUUGGAUGCAGAAGGGGGUUUCCGCCCAAUAUUUAGGAUAUAUGGGCAGGAUCCUUUAAUGGUUGCUGAUCGUACACCCAAAGUUUUGUUCUCAACACCAAAAAAGAGCAAAUUUGUUCGGCAUUACAAGCAGGCAGAUUGUGAAUUAGUAAAAAUUGACAUCCAUUGCCAUAUUCAAGGUGAUGUUGUGCUUGAGUGUAUUAGUUUGGAUAGUGAUCAAGAGCGUGAAGAGAUGAUGUUUCGGGUCAUGUUCAAUACGGCCUUUAUAAGAUCAAAUAUUUUGAUGCUUAACCGUGAGGAAAUUGAUAUCUUGUGGAAUGCUAAGGAUCAAUUUCCUAAGGAGUUCAGAGCAGAGGUUCUUUUUUCAGAGAUGGAUGCUGCAUCUUCUCUAGUUUCAUUUGAUUUGCCGGGUAUAGAGGAGAAGGAUGGUCUUCCUAUAGAAGCAUUUGCUAAAGUUCAAGAAAUUUUUAACAAUGUUGAUUGGCUGGAUCCGAAGGUAGAUGUUGCUCUAAGUGUGCUCCAGCAUAUCACACCAUCAAGUAUCCUUCAAGAAAAGUUGGACACUUGUCUUUCCCAAAGUCCAAGAACGGGCAGUGUUUCACUAGAAUCAGAUCUUGAAAAAUUUGUAGAGAAGCGUAAAUUGAAUGCAUCAGACAGUAACAUCAGGAGUCCUAGACCCAUUGCGCAAGCGAAACAAUCUACGCCACUGUUUAAACCUUCUCUAGAUGCAAAUUCCCUCUCCAAGAAGAUUGAACCCCAAGAACUUCAGAUUACCCUCCAAAGGCCUGCUCAAUCUAAGAUCAUUUCUCAGCGAUUAUCUCAGACUCCUCUGUCCACUUCAGCUUCAUUUUGCAACUCCUUGCAAGGGUCACCUGUGUCUAUAUCAAGAUAUCAUAGUGCACCCUCGAACCUUGGCAUUACAGCUCUAUUGCAAGAUCAUGAUGUAUCUAAUAGUGAAGAAGUUGCUCAUCAGGUGACUAGAUCUCUACCUACUGCAGCUACUUCAUCUCCUUCCAUCACAAAUAAACUGAAACCUUUGCAGCUGAGUCAUGUACCUGCUUCACCACCGUCACCACCAAUGCUGCCUCCUUCAUUGCAGUCUUCAUUGGAGGCUCAUAGAGUUAUUAAAAAAACUUCUGUGAUCCCUCCUCCUCCUUCUCAACCAUCUGCUGAAGCAACACAAUCUUUACCAUUACAACUUCCUGGAACCACAUCUCAAGGCAAAGAGCAGUCAUUAUCAGUUCCAUCUAUCCCAUCUCCAGUGCUUUCCACUUCAAAGGCAUCUACUCCUGUUACCAAGAGCUCGCAUUCAACUCUCCUGCCUCCUCCUCCACCUCCUUCUUUUUCAGGGGCAUCUCAACCUCUGAUAGCCAAGAAUUCAUUGUCGACUCCCCCACCUUGUCCUCCAUUCUCACCUCCCUCUUCAAGAACAUCUUUGUCUUCCUCUGUCAAGAACACAAUUUCAACACCCCCUCCUCCUCCCCCACCGCCCCCACCCCCUUCUUUUUCUGGAACAUCUCCAUCUUCAACUGUUAAGAACUCAUUUUUAACACCACCUCCUCCUCCUCCACCACCUUUUUUGGGGGGAACAUCUCCAUCUGCCGCUGUUGAUAACUCAUUUUCAGCCCCCACUCCUCCUCCACCACCCCGUCCAGUUAUUUCAUCAGCUUCUUGCUCUGUUUCUUCUCCACAGUCUACAAAGAGUUCGGCAAUUACAUCCAGACCUCCUCCACCACCUCCCCCUCCCUUAAAGUCUGGGGGUUCUAUUAUUGCACCUUCAGUGCUGCCGCCGCCUCCACCUCCUAUAAAGUCUGUGGGUUCUAUUAGUACACCCUUUGCGCCGCCGCUACCCCCUCCUCCAAAUAAAUCUGUGGAUGUUCCUCCUGUGCCACCUGCACCAGCUCCUUUAUCAAAAGCUGGCAGUGCCUCUCCGCAAUCUCAUUCUGGAGUGAGUAAUGGUAGUAUCCCCCCUAUUCCUGGACCUCCCUCUGCUGCUCUAUUCAGUGGAAAGGGACGAGCAAUAUCACGUGCAAAUCCCAGAGGUCAAUCUCAACCUAGAAAGACCAACCUGAAACCAUAUCAUUGGUUAAAGUUAACCAGAGCAAUGCAAGGAAGCUUAUGGGCUGAAGCACAAAAACUGGAUGAAGCUUCCAAGGCUCCAGAAUUUGAUAUGUCAGAACUAGAGAGUCUUUUCUCAGCUGCUGCUCCGAAUUCAGAUAGUGGGGGCAUCGGUGGGAAGUCAAAUCGCCGCCCCUCAGGAGCCAAAUCUGAGAAAGUUCAGCUGAUUGAGCUUCGGCGGGCUUAUAACUGUGAAAUUAUGCUUUCAAAGGUUAAAAUUCCGUUGCCUGAUUUGAUGAGUUCAGUCCUUUUAUUGGAUGAUUCAGCAUUGGAUGUUGAUCAGGUUGAUAACCUUAUUAAGUUUUGUCCGACUAAAGAAGAGAUGGAAUUACUCAAGAAUUAUAAUGGCAAUAAGGAAAACUUGGGAAAAUGUGAACAAUUCUUCUUAGAACUGAUGAAAGUGCCACGGGUGGAAUCAAAGCUAAGAGUUUUCUCAUUUAAAAUACAAUUCCGUACCCAGGUUUCUGACCUCAGAAAUAAUUUGAAUAUUAUAAAUUCUGCAUCUGAAGAGGUCAGAAAUUCAGUCAAGUUGAAAAGGAUCAUGCAAACUAUUCUUUCCCUGGGUAAUGCUUUGAAUCAUGGAACUGCAAGGGGUUCUGCUGUGGGAUUCCGAUUGGAUAGUCUCCUCAAACUCACUGAUACUCGAGCCCGGAACAACAAGAUGACUCUCAUGCAUUAUCUGUGUAAGGUACUUGCUGAAAAAUUGCCAGAACUUUUAGAUUUUCCAAAAGGUCUUGUGAGUUUGGAGGCUGCAACUAAGAUACAACUAAAAUAUUUGGCAGAGGAAAUGCAAGCUAUCAGUAAAGGACUGGAGAAGGUUGAACAGGAAUUGACUGCCUCAGAAAAUGAUGGUCUAGUGUCGGAGAACUUUUGCAAGAUUCUAAAGGAGUUCCUUAGUUUUGCUGAAGGUGAAGUGAGGUCUUUGGCAUCUCUUUAUUCUGGUGUGGGUAGAAACGCAGAUGCAUUGGCUCAAUAUUUUGGGGAAGAUCCUGCACGUUGCCCUUUUGAGCAAGUUGUGUCUACUCUGCUCAACUUUGUGCGGAUGUUUGUCCGAGCGCAUGAGGAAAACUGCAAGCAACUUGAAUUUGAAAAGAAGAAAGCCCAGAAGGAAGCAGAAAAUGAAAGGUUGAAGAUGAGUUCUGCCAAAAAGGAUUCUUUACACUCAGUAAACAAUCCCUUGAAGACAAACAUCAUCAAAUGAUCUUCAAUUGGUAUAUGCACCGAUUUUUGUUGAUCGACACAAGCUGUCACUCCAUAGAUAAUGAAGACCUGUACAACGAUAGGACACAACGAAUAACAAGACAAAUGAGCAACGAUCCGGGAGAAGAAUAAGAGUUAUUUAUCAGACAGCAUAAAUAAAUAGGAAAAUGAAGGUUGUGUCUGGCGAUGGAUGACAAAUACCCAUUUUAAUUAAAAUGGUGGGGUUGACAAAAUCCUGUUGGAUGAGCUGCAAGUGAGGCUGCUCAAAGAAUUUUGUAAAAAUAUCAGUAUUAGUUUCUUUACUCAUUCUAUAUAUUAGAUUUAUUUUUCUUCAAUGAUAUAUUAUUCUUUGUAUAUUUUUUGAG